AGAAAAAAGCAAGCUUGAUUCCAGUAAAACCCACGUCACCCCACUCACUGAUAAAAAAGCAAACACAAAAAAGCCAAAAACAAAGUGUACUAAAAAAUCAAUGCAAUACAUAUAUACACAGACACAGACACCCCCACACACUCUCACAUUUUCCCAAACAAACACACACUGUGUUCUAGAGAGAGAGGUAGGGGCUCACAGUCACUCAUGGCAGCACAAGCACAUGCUGAUGAUGAUCAAGAAAUUCAAGAAACCCAACAACUGCCCACUUCCACAACCACCAUUGAACUUCACAGCAACCACCAAGACCAUGAAAAGCUUCUAUCUUCCUAUCUGGGUCUGAGCUUCGCAGUCUUUCUCGGCCUCAUUCCAAAACCCUCGAUUUCCUUGGUCCCAACUCUUCAAUCUCGCAACAGAGACCUGUUUUUGAAGCUGGUUGAAGCGGAGGAGGAGCUCAGGCAGCUCCGCUCGCGGCGGAAGGAGGACUCCAAGGCCAACGCGAGGGUGGUUGAGAUCUUCGCCAGUCACCGCCACGCUUGGCAGCAGGAGGAGAAGCGGCUGCUUCACCAGAUCGAUGCUGGGGCGGAGGAGAUCGCGCAUUUGAGGGCUAGGGUUGAGGAGCUCGACAAAUCGGAGGCGGAGAUGAGGCGGAGCGUUGAGGAACUUAGGAGAGAGGUUGGGGAGAGGGAUGAGAUGUUGAAUUUCAUGGCUAGGAGGUCGGAAUUUGAAGAAUCUUCCGACGGAGGCGGCGGCGGCGGUGGCUGUGGAGGGGAGUGCUGUUCGAAUGUUAGGGUUUCGGAGGGGUUGGAUCCAGUGGCGGAGGAGUGUUUUAUGGAGAGAGAAGGACACAAUGGGGAUGAAAUGGGGGCUAUGUAUGGACAGAACAAUGGGUUUAGUUCGGAAUUCUUGAAUUCUACUUCCAAGUUCUGGGCUGAAAGAGCUAGUCUCUGGCAGGAUGUACAGUAUGAAUCUGUUGAUUCAUUGUAUCACAUGAAGCAUUUUGUAGCGAGAAGGGAGUCCCCUUGGAAGGUAGAUGGUGAAACCACAGGUGUCUCCUCUAAACUAAAGUUACUCGAGCAAGAACUGCAGAACUUGGAAAGAAUUGGUAAAGGUGAUCUCUCAAAGGUACCAUCACAGAUGAGAAAGCAAGCAAAGAGAUAUCAGGCUCUUGCGGGAAAGAUUGAUGAUCUAUGCAGAAGAAUGCAGGCAAGUGAUCCCUGUGAACCCAAUCUCAGCUCAGAGUUCCGAACACAGAGGCAAACCGAGUUUUUGAUCGAAGCAUUUCGUCUCCAGCAGCGUGCAGCUGAAAACUGGACAGAAGCUGACAGCAUUGCAAACUGAGACGGGAAAGAGUUUUUUCGGGAUGAGCUGGAAGGUCAGGCCAAACUGGCCACAAGACGUUCCUUGGACUCCAUUAAAAACAACUUCAAAGAAAUCCAAAGAAACUUGGAGAUAUGGCUGGCAAGAAUUAUUGGAGAUGUUGAAGGGAUUCUAGCCAGAGAUGGCGCCUCUCGAGUAAGGGAUUAUUAUAUAUCUAGAUAUCCUUUUGUUCAAUAGAGAUAACCCUGACUGUUACAAUGCAAUCCUGAUCCAGCAAAUAUAUAUAAUAUUCCUUUUUAAAAGUAA